CAAUAUGAUUGAUUUCUAUGAUUUUGUCAGCUUUCUUGUGUACGGAGGAAAAAAAACACUUGACAAUUUAAUUUGACCAGGGAAAAGGGAGGAAAGGAGGUUUAUUGUCUGCCUGUCGCUGAUGUUCUCUCAUUGUAAUUGGUUAUUUUUGUAUAAGGCGAGGAGUUCUGCUGGGUUUACUUUGUCAUUCAGACUCUGACGGGUUACUGUCCCUCUCUGAUUAGAGAAAAACCCGAUAAGAGAUAUUAUUACACUUCAUCACGUCACGUAUCUGGAUGCUCUGGCUGUCAAAACACUUCAUUAGUUGUUGUUGUUUACUUGUUUACUGAGCUGCUUGCUGACAGAAAGGUGUCUUUUGACUCUUAAUCUGUUGUUUUACAUUGUGUCUGAUCAUUUCUAUAAAGGUUUCUCAGGCUGUUUCGCACUGUUUGAUUAGUUUUAUUUACUUUGCUGACGUGAGCUAACCAGUUCAACAGGAUCUGGUGCUGUACUCGUGCUGUUUGAUUUAUGAAAAGUUCUUAGAAAACAGGAAGCAGGUUCCUCUCCGUUUUACCCCGUUUUUAAACAGUGUUUGCUCUCCUGUUCUCACAGUAAAGCCACUCAUUUAUUUAAAUGUAUUUGAAUUUUUGUUUGGACUUUGUGAUGUUUGUAUGUUUUUUUAGACUGCUGGUCAGGUUUUCCUGCUCUCAGGCUAACAUCUGGACCAGUCUCACUCUCCUGGUGUCAGGGAUAACGAGGACAGCUCUAUAUUUGACACAAACCAAGUUGUCACUCCAGAUGUCAUCGCUAAUGUCUCUGUUGACGAGCGAGUGUGUGUUUGACUUCGUGGGCUUGUGUGUGUCGUCUAUAAUAAUUACAACAGGGGUAUUUUAGGUGACAUUAUCUUAUUUGGCGCUGACUUUUCUUGCUUUUUGUUUAAUAGCGUAAAGUAUUUUUGUUGGUGACAAAAACUUGUUCAUUUAUCUGUUUGCAACAUUUCUUCUCCUUGCAUCAGUGAUUAAAGAGAGGUGCAGCAGCCGGUCGGAUGGAUGUAGAUGAGCAGAGCGGAGCCGAGGCGGCGUGCGCCGUAAUGCCGUACAGCUGUGCAGCUGAGGCUCGCAGUUCGGGAGAGCUGGAGUGCGAGCUGAUUGGGUUGACAGUUUGUAAUCAAAGCUGAUUUAUUGUUCAUUAGUAGUGCAUUAGCCCUUUCAGGCAGGAACCGUAUUUGUGCAGUGGCCUGUCUAGGCGAGGGGCUGCCAGCACCUGUCAUUUCUAAACAUUGACAUAGGCAAGCAGAUAUUAGCUGUGUACCCACAGAGGGGUGGGGGGUAGCCCGCAGAGCCUUUGGCUGGGAUGUCCUCUGCAGGGACGCUGGGGCAGCAGGAAUGGUUCUGAUACAGUGGUCGGUCCCACCGACCUGAACCUGUUUUUACCUGAAAGUGACUCGUGCUCUUUUCCAUUAAGAGGUCGUGAGAGUGUGUGUUUCAGACAGCAAGAUUGCCUCCACACUUCAGAUGGCACGUGUUUGUAAAGGCGGAGAUGUUGAGAUGACGGUGAGAUUACACGGCGUGGUGGAAAAGGGGUUUCCAUCACCGGUCUUAGUCACAGCGCAGGUUAUGGACAGGUUGCUCUGAGAAAGUGAGGGAGGAUUAUGGAAACCGGCUGCUGACACAGACAGGUUAGCGAUGCAGUUUACAUGAAUCACAUAACACAAACAUUAGAAGAGUCAAGGAGCAACAGAGAACUUGUGUCCCUCUUGUCUGCCGUCAUGGAAACAGGGAUUAGCUUUGUGUUUCUGUUGUGGAGAGAAUAGAAACUAUCUGGCUGGGGACGUGUCAGCCGUUGUCUUUCCUCUAGUUUCAUUUAAAAGGGGGAUUUUGGAGGCUGUGAUCUUAAUUAAAUCUCAAAUGACGCCUGUGAAAACGCUGAUGCCGCUGCCAGCGGGUGAGCGGCCACGCAGAUUACACCUUCAGUGAUCCUGAGACGCCGUCCAGAAAAGGUGAAGGCAACGAACGCCGGUGUGUGGCAGAGCAGUCGUUUGUGAACUCGCUGUGAAAGACGUUAGCGGAGGUCCAGGACAGAAAGGCUUCUGUCACUUUUUAAAUUCUCUAAAGGAUGUAAGACGGCUACUUUUAUAUCAUGGCUGGAAUGUUUUCUCUUUAAUUACAGUAAAAUACAAAUGUUUCCUCCUCUUAAGCCUCGUUAGUCAGAGUGCUGUGGGUGCGUUUGUAUCCGCGUGUGUGUGUGCGUGUGUAUUUGCAUGUGUGUGAGUUUGUGUGUGCGAGCGCAUGUGUGUGUGUGUGCAUAUGCAUGUGUGUGUUUGUGUGUAUUGUGUUUGUAUGCAUUUCAUCUCGUGUGUGCGUACAUGUGUGUACAGGUGUGUGUGUAUAUGCAUGUGUGUUUUCGUGCAUGUGUGUGUGCGUGUGUGUGUGUAUGUGCAUGUGUGUUUUCGUGCAUGUGUGUGUGCGUGAGUGUGUGUAUAUGCAUGUGUGUUUUCGUGUGUGUGUGUGUGUGUGUGUGU